CAUCUAUCAAUUACACCAUUGUUUAUCACUCCCUCUCUAGGGUUCUUAUUCAUUGAUCUAUUCGCAAAAAUUGUAAAUCUUCUUGUAAAUUCAUCAACACCCACUUCGCCAAUUUAGGUUAAUUUCAUCGGGUAUGGUGUUUUCGGUAUCGCCUCAUUGUGAAUACCAAAUCUUGAAUUCUUUUUGCAAUUUCCUUACCACCCACUUCGUGCUACGAAUUAGGUCAUUCUGAUUGGCUUCAGGUUUGAAAGUUUUGAAUCUUUUUGCAAUUUUCUGAGCACCCAACUGGAGGUUAUAUUAGGGUUAUUCAUUUAGGGUUCUUAUUGAUUCAAUUUGGCAUUUUUAAGCCAGAGUUUUUAGUGUAGAGUUUGAGAAUCUUUAGGCAAUGUUUUGAUCAAAAUGAAGAAGAGAUGUGGUGUGAAGAGGAGAAAUGGAUGUUAGAUCUGAGAACAGUAGUGUGCAGGUGGUGAGGUGGGCCAAGAUACCAACCCAAGUGAUUCAAAGAACCAGGUUACAAGUUUGGUUCAUUAGGGUUUGUUCCAGCAUUUUGAUUUGGACUUGUUUGGUUCAACUUGUGGCUGUUGGUGAGCUUUGGCACCCGAAACUGUUUAUCGGGUUUUUGAACCCGAUAAAUGGAUCCACCGGACCAUCGAGUAACGCCGGAAAAUCCAUUCCAACACCACCACCAGCACUGCCGGCGCCACCACCUCUGCCACCUCCAAGGAAUUACAUAAGUAAUGGCUUUCUCAAAGUUUCUUGUAACGGGGGUUUAAAUCAAAUGAGAGCUGCGAUCUGCGACAUGGUAACAGUUGCUCGUCUUUUAAAUCUCACUUUAGUUGUUCCGGAGCUUGAUAAGACGUCUUUCUGGGCCGAUCCUAGUGAUUUUGAGGACAUUUUUGAUGUGGGUCACUUCAUUGAUUCGCUAAGAGAUGAAGUCCGGAUCGUCAAAAGGUUGCCAAAGAGGUUUAGCAGAAAAUAUGGAUUCCAGCCACUAGAGAUGCCACCUGUCAGCUGGUCGAGCGAAAAAUACUACCUUGAGCAGAUUCUACCACUUUUUAGCAAGCAUAAAGUGAUACACUUCAAUCGAACGGAUACACGAUUAGCAAACAAUGGGAUCCCUCUAGAUCUUCAAAAACUCAGAUGCCGUGUCAAUUUCCAAGCACUAAAGUUCACACCUUCGAUCGAGGCUCUUGGGAAUAAAUUGGUCCACGUUCUCCAAGAGAAGGGACCAUUUUUGGCAUUGCACUUGAGAUACGAGAUGGACAUGUUGGCGUUUUCAGGCUGCACACAUGGUUGCACCAUUGAGGAAGCCGAUGAACUUAAACGUCUCAGGUAUGCUUUCCCGUGGUGGAGGGAGAAGGAGAUAGUUUCUGAAGAGAAGAGAUCACAAGGUCUAUGUCCUCUUACUCCGGAGGAAGCAACGUUGAUUCUACAAGCACUUGGGUUUGAUCAGGACACACAGAUAUAUAUUGCAUCCGGUGAAAUUUAUGGCAGCGAAAAGAGACUGGCAGCGUUAAGGGCUACAUUUCCACGAAUUGUUAAGAAAGAAACAUUAUUAGAUCCAGAAGAGUUGAGGCAAUUCCAGAAUCAUUCGUCCCAAAUGGCAGCUCUUGAUUUCAUGGUUUCGGUUGCUAGUAACAUCUUUGUUCCGUCUUAUGAUGGUAACAUGGCGAAGCUUGUGGAAGGUCACCGAAGGUACCUUGGCUUCAAGAAGACUAUCCAACUAAAUAGAAGACAACUUGUAGAACUGAUAGAUUUACACCAUAACGGAACGCUAUCAUGGGACGAGUUUUCUGAUGCCGUGAAAUCAUCACACAAGAAACGAAUGGGCCAACCAAAUCAUCGAAUAAUAAUUGCAGAAAAACCCAAAGAAGAAGACUACUUUUAUGCCAACCCUCAAGAAUGCUUCUGUGGGGUGGCAAACUGUAGUUACUCACCCGUAAGUAGCCCAAUUCCACCAGCCACGAUUGAUCAAUAAUCGUUUAAACAUGGAAAUUUAUGUCGAAUCUUCAUAGAGGAAUAUGUACAUACCACGAUGAAUCUCGGGUAACCAUGAGAUGGUUUGAAGAUGGCUGCAAAAUGAGAUUAAUGGUGAGACUGCGAGAGUUGUUCAUAUUUCACGAGAGGGUAAAAAAGGAAGCACCACGUAAGUCGUCUUUCUGGGCAUAAAGAUUUGUUUCGUUUAUGUGCUUAUUAUUGUUUCUUCGACAAGUUCUUUUUCGGGAUUUUGGUGUUGAAUUAUACGAUAUUCAUAGUUAUAAA